CACACACACACACACUCUCUCUCACACACACACACACACACUCUCUCUCACACACUCGAUUCUGUGGAUUUUCGCUCUUUAUCCCGAGGGUCGAGUCUCCGGCUCAAGGCGGAAGUGUGUGUGAGGAAACCGGAAACUGAAGACUGUGGAGAUGGAGGAGACGGUAUGGGAGCAGUACACAGUGACGCUGCAGCGGGAUCCUAAAAUGGGAUUUGGGAUUGCUGUCUCAGGGGGAAAAGACAACCCUAAUGAAGAGACGCGCGAGGCAUCGAUCGUGGUGUCCGACGUGCUCCCCGGAGGUCCUGCUGACGGCCUGCUGUAUCAGAAUGAUCGUGUGGUCCAGGUGAACUCUGCGUCCAUGGAGAACGUCGUCCACUCGUUCGCUGUACAGACGCUACGCAAGUGUGGCAAAGUUGCCAAGAUUGUGGUGAAAAGGCCUCGUAAAAUCCCCGUGGGUGUGCCGAAGCAGGCCCCGCCCCCGGACGACCGUGUGUUCUCUCAUCCGGACUACAACGAUGAUUACGACUACGAGCCGGACCGACGCAGCACCUACAGCGGGCGCACCGACUCCGAAUACGACUACGAGCGCAGCCGCGGACGAACACUGGAACGAGACGUCAGUCCUGAGCGGCAGUAUCGGCGCGACGGGAGCCGGGGACGCGCGCUGGAGCACGAACGCAGCCCCGAACGCCGCUUCCGUAACGACCGCCAGAUUGACCGAGACUACAGUCCAGAUCGCCGGUACCGUAGUGAUCGCACCCUAGACCGAGACUACAGCCCGGACCGCCGCUACCGAAGUGAGCGCAGCCCAGACCGGCGGUACCGAAGCGAACACACUCUGGAUCGAGACUACAGCCCGGACCGCCGCUACCGCAGCGAACAAGUUCUAGAUCGCUCUUACAGUCCGGAACCACGUUUCAGGGAGAGAGAACCGCGUAUUCCAGAGCCACGUCCACCCGAGGCACUCCGGAGGAACGCCAGCCGCGAACACUUGGAGCGCUCGCCUCCACGGAGCCCAGAAGAACCGCUGGAGAAACCAGUUAGUGUCCUACUGAAGAAGAAAAGACCUAAUGAAGAAUAUGGGCUGCGUUUGGGCAGUCAGCUGUUCAUUAAGGAGAUGACGAGUACAGGACUGGCCUCCAGAGAUGGCAGCCUGCAGGAGGGAGACAUCAUACUGAAGAUUAACGGGACGGCCACAGAGAACCUGUCUCUGAGUGAUGCAGGGAAGCUGAUUGAAAAGUCUCGAGGAAAACUGCAGCUGGUGGUCCAGAGAGAUCGCAGGAAAGUUCUGGUUCGAGUCCCGCCCAUGGCUGACAGCGAUUCAGAGCCGGACGAUCUGUCUGAGAUCGAGUCGUAUCGUUCGUACUCUCCUCAGGACGACAGACGGGGACAGCACUCGGACAUCUCCUCACACUCGUCCAACGAGAGGCUGCGAGACAAAACCAGGGACGAGCCUCAGAGCAGGUUGACUAAAAUGGGUGCUACGCCGACUCCACUCCUGGCUGCUCCGGAUGAUUUCCCUCCACCUCCACCGGAGGACGAGGACGAGUCUGAGUUCGAGGAAGCUCCAGCUCCUGUGGCCAUGCCUGUCCCGAAAGCCAGCGUUCCACCAAAAGUUAAAGCUCCUCCCAGGGUUCCUCUGAAACCGAGCGCAGAAGAUCUGGAGAUUUACGGGCCGAACACAGUGAUGGUGCGCUUCCAGAAGGGAGAGAGUGUGGGUCUGCGGCUGGCCGGAGGAAACGAUGUGGGGAUUUUCAUCGCCAGCGUUCAGGAGGACAGCGCGGCUGAGGCAGAGGGUCUCCAGUCUGGAGACCAGAUCAUGAAGGUGAAUAAUGUGGAUUUCCGUGACAUGGUGCGAGAGGACGCGGUGCUGUACCUGCUCGAAAUUCCUAAAGGAGACGAUGUCACCAUCCUGGCCCAGAGCAAACCGGAUGUGUAUAAGGACAUCGUGGCGUCGGGACGAGGAGACAACUUCUACAUCAGGACUCACUUUGAGUAUGAGAAGGAGACUCCUCAGGGUCUGUCCUUCAGCAGAGGAGACAUCUUCAAAGUGGUGGACACGCUGUACGACGGCAAGCUGGGGAGCUGGCUCGCCAUCCGCACCGACCGCGACAACCAGCUGCAGGAGAGAGGGGUGAUCCCCAGCAGGAGCAGAGCUGAACAGAUGGCCAACGUACAGAAUGCGCAGAGAGGAGCAGCCAAUGACAGGGGAGAUUUCUGGAGACUCAGAGGUCAAAGGGCAGCAAAGAAGAAGGACCUGCGUAAGAGCAGAGAGGAUCUCACAGCCCCCCCCACCACCACCCGCUUCCCCGCCUACGAGAGGGUGGUUCUGAGAGAGGCUGGGUUCCGGAGACCUGUGGUUCUGUUCGGCCCAAUCGCUGAUGUGGCGAGUGAGAAACUCGCCGCCGACCUGCCCGAAGAUUUCACUGUCGCAAAGAGAGAGCCUAAAGAUGCAGGAGCAGAGAAGUCCUCAGGUGUGGUGAGACUGAACACUGUGCAGCAGAUCAUUGAACAGGAUAAACAUGCUCUGCUGGAUGUCACCCCGAAGGCGGUGGACACACUGAACUACACCCAGUGGUACCCCAUCGUGGUGUUCCUGAACCCGGACAGUAAGCAGGGUGUGAAGACGAUGAGGAACCGCCUGAUCCCGGGUUCCAACCGCAGCUCACGCAAAUUGUACGAGCAGGCGGUGAAACUGAGGAAGGCAUGCUCUCACCUGUUCAGCGCGACGGUGGAUCUGAACUCGGCUCAUGACGCCUGGUACGGGAGUCUGAAGGACACAAUUCAAGAGCAGCAGAACAAAUCGGUGUGGGUCUGCGAGAGUAAGCUGGACAGCGCUGAGGAGGACCUGGACAUCCAAGAUGACCGCAUGUCCUACCUGUCGGCCAUGAGCGCGGAUUACCUGAGCAUGGACAGCCGUCUCACCGGGGACUACGAUGACACGGCGGAUGAGGGCGGAGCCUAUACGGAUAACGAGCUGGACGAGACGACUGAUGAGGUGCCGGUAUCGGGGGUGAGACGCUCCUCAGAGCCUACAGAGGCGAGACCCGCCCCUGUGCCCCGUAUGAAGCGAGCUGGGAGCAGAGAAGUGCUGCGAGACCCCAGUCCCCCCCCCUCCUUCGUCCCAGAGCCCCCGAAGGCUCGGUCACAGAGGCCCCACAGUGAGUCCAGCAGUGUGGUGAGCAGUGAUAUCAGCUCCAAGCCGCUGCCCCCUCCCGUCGCCAUCAAACCCAGCUUCCUCGGUCGCGGCGCUGCAGCUCAGGAACCCGCCUCAGAUACUGAAGAUCCCGCGGCUCGCUCGUUCCUGGGGAAAGUGAAGGCUUUCGAGAAGAUGGACCACCUCGCUCGGACACAGAGGAUGCUGGAACUGCAGGAGGCUGAAAACGCACGGUUGGAGAUCUCUCAGAGACACCCGGACAUUUACGCCGUCCCCACUAAACCCAAACCUGGUGGCACCCGGCCGCAGCCUGUGGGUUUAAACCCUUCUCAUCGCUCUGGAUCUGCUGAAGACGCUGAAGUGUCUCGCCGCGGGUAUUACAACCCUCAGAAAUACAACGACACCGAGCUGUAGGCCGCGCCACGCCCACUCCUCUCUCAUCUCAGUGUUUCAGAACGUCCCGGUUCUGGUGCUGAUUCUCAGAAACAUGUUUGGCUGUGUGCGGCUCUAAACAAACUCCUUUAAAAUUAAGCAGCAUUUAGUACAAAAUAAAUCCUAAAAAUGAUCAGUUUUUUUAUUAUAUAUAUAUUUGCACAUUUUAUAAGAAACUGAAAGACAUGACGGACGCGUGUUUUAUGUCCCGGGUCGACCCGGCGGGUCUGUUACUUCCUCUGCAGUAUCUGUGUGGCUUCUCCCUCGCUGAAGAUUAACAAGUUUCAACAUAAAAUAUUCUUCAUUUAUAAUCUUUAUAAUCUUUAUAAUCUUUAUAAUCUCUAUAAUCUCUAUAAUCUUUAUAAUCUCUAUAAUCUUCGGUCUCUCUCUGGAUGAGGUUUCUGAUUCUGUUAUAUAAUCACAUACAUUCACAUACCGCAUAUGGAUGUACAACAUAAUGAAAAUAAUGAUUAUUGAUUAUGAUGAUUGGUCCGAGUGGUGUGUGUGUGUGUGUUUCUGAUCAACUUCCUGUAAAUGUGGAAAAUUUUAUCUUUAACAUUCAGAUCUGUAAUAAAUAAAUAAAACACAACACACUCAA